UCUAGCAAACUUGCUUCAUCUUUGGCUGGCAUUGCGUCGGCGGCGCGCACGCUGCAAGUCACGUCGUUCUGUUUCGGAACGCGGAGACAGGCAGCGGCUACAUUAGAAUCGCUACAUUAGUGCCGGCGCUGGGAGCAACUGAGCUGGAAGCGGCUACACCGGCGCUGGGAGUAACUGAGCUGGAAGCGGCUACAUUAGUGUCGGCGCUCGAAGCAACUGAGCGGGACGCGGCUACAUUAGUGCCGUCUCUGGGAGCAACUGAGCGGGACGCGGCUACAUUAGUAUCGGCGCUGGGUGCAGGUGAACGGGACCCCGGACGUCCCUGAGUAGCGAGGCCGGCACCGCUCCCUCAGCCGUCCUUUCAUUGCUCGUUGGGGCCAGGAAGUUGAUGGCGAGCGGGACAACGAUGGCGCUCAGAUCCCGGCGAAUUUCCGCCAAGUCUUUGGAGGACGACGGUGUGAGAACCUCGGAAGGACUUGGCGAGGAGUACGAUCGGUCGGUCAGCAAUGGAAAAGUAGAUGCUGAACAUGUCAUCAAUAAAAAGAUACAACUGAAGCUGAAGGCUGAGCAAAUGAAAAAUGACUUAUUGAGGCAGAUUGAUUAUCAUUUCAACCAUUUUGUGGACAAUUUGAUUGAUGAGUCAACCACCUUGGACUCCUCUAUCCCUCCUUUCAUAUCUGCUUCUACAACUAAAGAACAUGCUGUCGUGGCUAACAGACAGGCAAGGGCACCCCCGGAAAAGGGAAAACACUUCAUGCCUCGUCGAUCGCUGCUUGAUGAACUCUUCCAAGUGAAUCACAUCCGGACUAUUUAUCACAUGUUCAUCGCUUUACUCAUUCUGUUCAUAUUCAGUACCUUGGUGAUGGACUUCAUUGAUGAAGGAAGGCUGGUCCUGGACUUUGAUUUAUUAGUUUAUGCCUUUGGGAGAUUCCCAAUUGUCAUUUCCACAUGGCUUUGUAUGUUUCUGUCUACACUUCUCGUUCCAUAUGGCUUAUUUCUCCAGUGGGCAUCAGGGUACCAGGCGACAAAGCACAGGGUUCUGAGGACAUUGUUCUUCGGUGCAUUGUUUGUGUUGUUUCAGACACUUGGCCUGUGGGCUGCGCCGCUCUAUACUGUCAUCCAUUUUCAUCUACCUCCUGCUUCCCGCUUCAUUGUUAUCUUGGAACAGGUCCGCCUGAUGAUGAAAGCACAUUCCUUCAUACGGGAGAAUUUCAGCACAGUUGCAGUGAACAGAGAGAAAAAUGGUGACAUGCUGCCAGCACCACAAUUCUCCCAUUAUCUCUACUUCCUUUUCGCUCCUACUCUCAUCUAUCGGGACAGCUAUCCAAGGAAUCCUACAAUUAGAUGGAGCUAUGUUGCUACAAAAUUUGCUCAGGUUCUGGGCUGUCUAUUUUAUGCUUACUAUAUUUUUAUGAGACUUUGUAUCCCAUUGUUCCGAAACAUCAGCCGCGAGCCAUUCAGCUUGAAAGUCCUGGUUCUUUGCAUCUUCAACUCCAUUUUACCAGGUGUACUUGUCCUAUUCCUGGCUUUCUUUGCAUUCCUGCACUGCUGGCUCAAUGCCUUUGCUGAAAUGCUGCGGUUUGCUGACAGGAUGUUCUAUAAGGAUUGGUGGAAUUCCACGUCAUUUGCAAACUAUUACCGGACUUGGAAUGUAGUGGUCCAUGACUGGCUGUAUUAUUACGCUUACAAAGACUUUCUCUGGUUGUUCACCCACCGGUUUAGGGCUGCGGCGAUGUUGUCAGUCUUCACGGUGUCUGCUGUGGUUCACGAGUAUGUGCUGGCUGUUUGCUUUGGUUUCUUCUACCCGGUGCUCUUCUGCCUGUUCAUGUGUUUUGGAAUGGCUUUCAAUUUUGUUCUGCACGACCGUCGGAAAGGGCCUGUGUGGAACGUAGUGAUGUGGACGUCGCUGUUUCUGGGCCAGGGAAUGAUAGUAUGUCUAUACUCGCAGGAGUGGUAUGCCCAGCAGCACUGUCCCCUGACUAAUCCGUCCUUUUUGGAAUUGUUGAAGCCUCGUUCUUGGACCUGCCGCUUACACUCGUAAUGGAUAAAAGCUUAUGUUCCCAUGUCUACGGAAAACUGGGAACUGUUCCACCGGAUUGUGGCAGCACAUUUCGUAAACCAAAUGAAUGUUUCUCUUUCACCGAAUAGUGCCUGCUUCUUGUUCUGUUGUGGGUUUUGGUCAUAAAGCUGGAUAUUUUUCUGAAACAUUAAUCACAGGAAAAGUGUCAAUUUAGUGCUACACAUACUGUAAGUAUUCAUCCUCUGUUUAGAGAUGGGAGGAAUGCCAGAAACAAAAUAUUGACUGGAGAAGAGGGACCUCAACAUCUUUUAAAUACAUUUUUUUUUCACUCCCUGACAUCUUCUCCCCAACAACCAUACGGAAAGUGAUGAAAAUGUUAAACUUGACUGUUUACAUGUGACUAGCAAAUAUAUAUGCACAAACAUGUUUACGGAUAUGUAUCAUUUUAUAAUUCGAUACCGCAAUGCAAAGUUAAAGCAGGAAUAACUUCCUGAUUUCAUGCUGUAAUGCAUUUUGUGCCAUAAAGAAUGAUUGCCAGAUUUGCAGUUAGCAUUCCCCUUAACUUGGUCAGUCAGGACUUUACCAUUUCAGGCCAAUAACCAUGAUGCUGAGCAUUUCCAGAAAUGUUUAUUUCUUUUCACAAUGCUGGUCAGACCCCCUGAACAAAUGUCUUUCCUCUCAAGCCUGGCUAUUGGGGCCAAUUAAGUCGUUUACUUUUAAGCUGGGUUUAGUUUGAUAGAUUUCAAAAAAAUGGAUGGGAAAUGGUAUUUACUUUUGGUGUUGGUUAAUAACUUCACUAUCAAGAAUGUAAAUUAUUGGCUUGAGCAUCAGAUUGAGAAGAAACAAGUAUUCUGCUUGUAAUGGUUCUUGCAGCAUUUAGUAUAUUAUCUGAUUUUGCACUGGUGGAUUCUCAUUAGAUUAUUCACCUUGGCACCCAAGAAGUAAUUGUUGAACUUGUUAAUUGACAAUGCUUAUCAACAAAAUAAUUUCAGCAAAAAUGGAUUCCAUAUUAAAGUUGUCUUCAGAAUUUCAAAAUCCUCUGCCUGUUUUUGUGACUAACCAAUUAGAAACAAGAGUAUACCAUCCUGAAUCUAAUGUAAUAUGUUUUGACAUAAUCACUGUUCAAUAAAGUGAUUAACUGAUUGUGCAUUGUACAGUGGGUUUUGGUUACAAAUCCAGACUGAUAAUCCUGUAAAUCAUGUCAAGAAAUUCCUUAAAUUGAGCUGUGAACUCAGAAACAAUGGUGGCUGUUUAUUAUAACUAACAUUUAUAUGCAUUUUAUUGUAUUUUUCUGUACUUUGUUCUGUUAAUUGAUUUCUUAGAUUGUCAGCUUAUAAAUUGAAAUACAUAAUAAACUGGAACACCAACACCCUUAUAUUUUCACUCUUCUCUAUAAAGAGGUGUUUCACUAACCAAGAUUACUGUUUAGAAAUAAAAGUUUACAAAGCACCACACAGUAUUUAGCCCAGAAAAGGAUUUCAAUUUUGAGGUCUUUCCUCUUAACAUUUUGUUUUAACUUACCCCAGUAUUGGUAAUGCAGUUCCCUAGUGUUCCCCAAAGCAGACGAAAACUUGAACACUAGAGCCUCUGCUGCCUUUGUAAAAUGUCUUGUUUGUGUUUCUAGAUGCUGAAUCUUGGCCAAACAGGUUUGUUGUUUUUUAGUCCAAGUAGUUCCUGGCGUAUUGUAGAAAAAGCCUUGAUUAAAAUCCUAAUGAUGAAAGAUGCCUAUCCAAGAAAUCAUUUCUACG